AUGGAAGAUCUUCACUCCAAUCGUGGACAAAAGGCCUCUCGUAGUCUUGCCGAUAGUGAAAGUCUUUCCAGCGUCAACAUCAACCGCAACAUUAUCAUGGGCUGUCGAGUUUGUCGGGCAAGAAAGGUCAAAUGCGAUGGCCGACCCAACGGCUGUCGCAAUUGCGAACGUCUUCAACUCGAGUGUGUUGAUGACGACGGCUCAAAAUCUGGCAGUCGGCGUGGAUCAGUGCCUGUGUCUCUGAGAAAGAUCCGAACUUACCGAUCAUGUACGAGUUGUCGUGUCUCAAAAACAAAAUGCGAUGGCGACCGCCCGAGAUGUUCGCGAUGCUGCGCCCGUAAUUUAGAAUGCCAAUACGACGGAGGCUCGGCUCCUCGCUGGGCGCGAAAUCUCAGCAAGGCUCCGACUUCAGGUUCAAAUGAGGAAGAAUUAGAGUCUUCUUUGGACGCAUCUUCGGUCACUGGAGAUAGCUUCAUGUCACCCAGUCUCAUCCAGUCACAGGAAACUGAUAUCGCAGCAUCCCAUCGGUCGAGCACCCGAGACACCAGUGCUAUAGACCCGCCCAUAGAUUUCGCCGAUGAUACUGAAUUGUCCAUUCAUUCAUGGCUUGUGUCUUCAGACCUCCCAUCUUCAAACAAUAUUCGUACUGUGGUAGAUCACUACUUUGCAAACAUUCACCCUCUCCGAUGCUUCGCUUUUGUUCAUAGACCGUCCUUUACUCGACAUCUAGAUAAGGGCUUUGAGUCAGAAGACGAAAGAGCAUUGCUACACAUCAUCUGCGCCCAAGGUGCCAAAUUCUAUGCUCUAUCCGUCAAUGUAGAGGAUCAAGAUGCCAAGGCAGGUUUGAUAAGGGCUGCGGGAAAUAGCUGGGCGCAAAAGGCCGAAUUGCUGGUUCUCACCAAUUUUGGAAAGAUCUCAGUUCAAAGACUCAUGACAUGCAUAUUGCUUUAUGAUUUCCACUUCAGAUUAGGCGAGUACACUCAAGCUCUCAUGUUGAGUGGCCUAGCUGUAAGAAUGGCACAUGCAUUGCAACUCAACGUCGAGUUCUCUCCGGAUAUCCUCUGUGCAGAAGCAAAUGAGUCCUCUCCACCGGCAGUCGAGAAGGAGAGUCGUCGAAGACUCAUGUGGGCUUGCUAUAUUCUGGAUGCGUGGACGGGCAGUGGUGUGGACCAGUUGACGCUCCUCCGUGAAGCCGAUAUCAAGAUCCAGUUGCCGUGCAAUGAGCGUAAUUUCAGACUCCGAAUCCCAUGUGUGACCGAGACUCUUGGUGUAGGACAUGUCCUUCAAUUCCUACCUCCAGCUAUUGUCCCACGGAGACCCGCUGCUAAUAUGGGUAUCAUGGCCUACUAUAUUCGAAUUGUCACUCUUUGGAAGCGAGUAGUCAGAUAUGUCAAGCAUUUGAAUACGAGUCCACCUCCAUGGCUUCCUGAAUCCGACUUUGCCGCCCUGGAUGCUGACCUGCGAGCAUGGGGCCGACAUCUCCCUGAGUUCAUCUCAUACUCUACCGAUACCAUCUACGCCCGCCUUGAAUCUGACCAGCUCGGCUCACUUGUCCUACUUCACUGCACUUAUCACCACAACCUUCUUGAUCUUUACAGAAUUUCCAUGCCCGACCUUUUCAAGCUAAUCAAGCCCUUCUACUUCCCACCCAACCAAGAAGAGUUCCUGCAGUCUUUGCAAGUUGACUGCUUUUACCACGCAAAACAAAUUGCUACUAUCUUGGCCGAGGCUGUGCAACAUGGUGCAAGAUACUUGGCUGAUAGCUUGCUACCAUGCUUCGCAUAUGAUAGCAGCCGAGUGAUGCUGUACUACAUCGCAAGACUGCUUGAUCUUAGUAGGCCAGAUGCUGAGACUAUUGUUGUGGACGCUAUCAAUGCUGUGGAGAGUAAUAGCAAAAUUCUACGGACAAUGGCUGCCCUAUUCCCGCUGGCCGACUCCCUAGCGACUACGACGGAGCGAUGGUUAGCUAAGAUUCGCAAGACCUUCGCGCAGGACGAGCAUAUGAGCGAUCGUCCUAAGCAAGGUGAUGAGGAGAGAUCGCCAAUUCUUUCCGGAAGUCCAAUCAUUGGUAGUCCUGAUGAGGCCCUGGGAGCGCUUGGUCUAGCACGCCUUGCUCAGGGUGAGAGCGCCGAUAUCAAGCCGAUUGAUCAGGAUGCUUGGAGCAAGGUUGGAAGUACAAGUCCGACUUCAACCAAAAUAGGAGCCGGAUCUGCCUCUGGACACCCGUCAAGUAGUCAACAUGAGGAGACACCUGCACGAUCCAAACUACAGCAUGAGCAACCUGUGUCUCAACGGACACCCCCUGGAGCUACAACUUCCCAUAUGGACCACCAAGCUGUUGAUCUAAAUGAUCUCCAAAACUAUCUAUCCUGGGAUAUGUAUGGUAUCAUGGAGAUGAGCGACAAUGGCCUAAAAGCUGGCAUCGAAGGUAACGGCAUGCCUUCCUGGAGUGCAAUGUGA